CAGCACCCGAGGUGGACAAUGUGAACAACAUCUUCAAGAUAGUGCUGUUCGUUCUGGCCGGAUCGGUCGUGACGGCGGUGGCCGGUUUGACAUACCUGAUAGUGCGGCGCCGGAAGCGCAACAGCGGAGCCCGGCAGAUCCUGCCGGAGGACUCGGUGUGCGGUGCGAGCUACCCGAUACUGAACGGGCACACCACGAUUCAGGACUUCAUCGAGAUGACGACUUCCGGGUCCGGUUCAGCCGGCUUGCCGCUGUUGGUGCAGAGAUCGAUUGCCCGUCAAAUCCAGCUGGUCGAGGUCAUCGGCAAAGGGCGCUUCGGUGAGGUCUGGCGCGGUAAGUGGCGCGGUGAGAACGUGGCCGUCAAGAUUUUCUCCAGCCGUGAGGAGUGCUCCUGGUUCCGGGAGGCGGAAAUCUACCAGACGAUUAUGCUGCGACACGAGAACAUUCUGGGCUUCAUUGCCGCUGAUAACAAAGAUAAUGGCACAUGGACACAGUUGUGGUUGGUGACGGAUUACCACGAGAAUGGAUCGUUGUUUGAUUUCCUGACGGCACGCAGCAUCGACACCAAGACGAUGGUCGAGAUGGCAUACUCGAUUGCGACGGGGUUGGCACAUCUGCACAUGGACAUUGUGGGAACUCGGGGUAAACCGGCCAUUGCCCAUCGGGAUCUGAAAUCGAAGAACAUCCUGGUCAAGUCGAACCUUACGUGCUGCAUCGGUGAUUUGGGGCUGGCAGUGCGUCACAAUGUGGCCACCGAUACGGUAGAUAUUCCAUCCACGCAUCGGGUCGGAACGAAACGCUACAUGGCUCCGGAAGUGCUGGAUGAGACGAUCAACGUGAAUCAGUUCGAUUCGUUCAAGCGUGCGGACGUGUACGCGUUCGGAUUGGUCCUGUGGGAGAUUGCCCGGCGGUGCAACGUGGGUGGCAUCUACGAUGAGUAUCAGCUGCCUUUCUACGACGUGGUGCAACCGGAUCCCACGAUCGAGGAGAUGAGAAAGGUCAUCUGCACCGAUCGGCAACGGCCGAGCAUACCGAACCGGUGGAUCGCGUCCGACACGCUCCACUCGAUCUCCAAGGUGAUGAAGGAAUGCUGGUACCCGAAUCCGGCAGCCCGUCUGACCGCACUCAGGAUCAAGAAAACGCUGGCCAACAUUCGCUAGAGGUGGGCCAGCCGAGAAUCCUCGUCGUCGUCGUCAGCGUCGUCGGCGUCGUGGGUCUAAGCUACUAUUGUAACUAUGCUUUUGUAAGAAACAACAACAACAUCAACCAGAAGUACGACUACUACUACUACUAUUUGCUACUAUUACUACCACUACAACAGAACAAUGUACUACUGCAACGGCUCUUAGAGGGAAGAAAGCAGCAGAGAUGGAAGUCUUUGCGGGAGCAUUCCCCGAGGUGGUGUGAACUCCGAUGAACUCUCGAUCUAGGAAUUAAUGGAUAAGCACACAGUCGUACACUUUUUUAUAGGCUGGUAAGGAUGAUCUUUUAAGGUUGAUUAGUGCGAGAUGGGUGAGCGACGAGCGCGUAUGAGUUGCUGUUAGGGUGCGGCCGCACCCUAGGAACACUGGAUGUGAGUGUGAUAACUAAUCUAGUUACAUAAGUUUACAGUUUAUUGUAAAUGUAUGAUGGUGGAUGAUGGGUUAAUCUUUUGCAAGUCAAGAGAGGACCACGAAAGAGAUGAAUACAGCUAUAGUGUAAGAAACAGGUCUAACUGAAGCAGUUAGGAAACUAGGGAAAUAACGUGAGAUGAUAAUCUGAUUAUUGUGAGUUGAGAAGGAAUGUAGAAGUUAUAUGUAAGCCCAAUUUUUGGGUAUCCCUGUCCGUACGUACUAUCAUCGUGAAUCAGUGUUUGGGUUAAGAUUUUAUUUUAUCUUGAAACAGAAGGAUACCUGGUUCAACCAAUAUGUUGAGUAUGGUUAAUUUUUAUUGCGAACGAUGCGAUAUUCUAUCAUAGGAUAGAGAGAUAGUAAUAUAUUAUUAUUAUUUAUGUUUGUGAACACUAUUUAUCACUCGAUUGCAUUUCUUCCCAGUUGGCGCUGGAUGCCUCCGAUUUAAAAUACCCUAGCUGAAAGAUUUACAGUAUGUUACGAUAUGCGACUUCUUUUAUCUGUUCUUGGAUCCACAUCAGCCAAAUAUAAGUACAUAAAACGCGACGCGAGACAGGGCACAACACUUAUCGUUCUUGCAGCAAAUUAAAAGGAUUUUGAUUUACAUUUUAAGCCGACUGGUUUCGGGCUCGACGUUGCCCAUCGAUUGGAUGAUGUCCGACUGAUUACAUGGAGCACUAAUACAAUCGUACUGCGCACAGUACUGCACUCAGGCAAAUAAACCUAAGAUUAUCAUAGGGUCUAACUUAUGAAAUGGCCUUUAAACAAUUCAUAACGGCUAGAACGAUUUUCAUAAGGUCGGUAUAUGACGCAGAAUCGAUUCACAGUUUGGCUUCUAUACACAUUUAGCAACAUGAUAUUCUCAAGAGUCGAUAGCCGCGUGGGUUGGACACGAGCUCAGUGAUCUCGGCGUUCAUGGAUCGAUUCCAGUCUGCAUCAUUUUGUAAUUUUUCUGCUCUUUUCAUAAGUUUAUCUUAUGUAAUUAGGUCAUAAUAAGCAUGUUCAAUUUUCAUAAGGUAUUCUUAUGGCAUCCAUACUUUACAGUUAUGGCUAAAUUUCAUAAGGUAUUUUGAUGAAAUUCGGUAGUUUACUUCGCUGAGUGUGGUCGAACAUUUUGUUGUUGUUUCACUAAAUUCUCAGCUUAGUCAGGUUGACGUGGGGGGAUUGCAUUGAGGCAUCGUCUUCGUUUAUAAGAGGACGAUCAGCUGUGGCAAUGUACAUCGACUCCCAAGCGUUUAGUUGUGCAGCUUUUUCAACACAUUUCACCAACUUAGCGUUCUCCCAAUCCGCGGCAAGGUCCAAAUGUGUAGUGUGUACUGCCACACUGGAUUCACUGGUUUUUAUUUUCGACUGCGUGUUUAUAUUUACGAAGGCUAAUUUUGAACUUCCUUCGAAUUUGUCCAGUGUACACCGCAGGGUAGUUCUGACAGGGAAUUUGGUAGGUCCCAGAUUUUUCUUCCACCGGAAGCUUAUCUUUCAAUUUGCAUAACAGGUCUUUCAACUUGUUACUGCUUUUGUACACAACCUGAAAUCCAUGGUGUUCGAGGAUUGCCUAAACAGGGUUGGAAAUUUUUGGGUAGAACGGAAGACUAAUUCUUUUUACUUCUUCCCUUUCUGACUUCAGUAUUGUGGCAUUCUUCCUGAGUUUUUCCUUUCAUGCUUACGGCGGAUUUCAUCCACGAAUUUUUAUUGAUAGCUAUUCAUCUCCCAGCUAGAUGAAUUUCAUUUCUCUCCGCCAUAAAAUAUCAUCUUUGCAGGUACAAACGGAGUGCAUUGGAAUGAAACGCCGCUUACUGCUGUUCACCAAAGUGGUGUGAGUCCGAAGUAAUAAGUGUUGUGUCCUGUCUCGCGUCGCGUUUUAGUUGUGUAUUGUCGAGGUUUUUACGUUAGCACAAACCUCAAGAAAUUUAAGUCAAAUAUAAAAUUUUUAGUCAAAUAUAUGAACGGAAAUCCGGAAGAUGACGGUAAAUUCAAAUAAAAAAGGUAAUGGUAAGUUUAUGAGAAACCCUCAUAAGAUUCAAUCAGGUAUUUCUACGGAAUCUAGCAAAACUAGACCAGGAACGGUAUCAAGAGCGCCGUGUUCCAAUUUAACAAUCUACGAUGUUAGUGGGCCAGUGGAAGUCCGUGCGCAGAAGAGAGUAGUUUUCGGAUUAAAACCAAGAAUAUCCCCUUCCGUGCGCGACUAGUAUCAUCAUUUAGUAUCAUCUAAAAAGCACGAAUGGAUGAUACUAGCACUCUCACACCGUAAAUAUUGGAGUAAAAAAAACAUCUCCUUGGUGUUAAUUGUAAGAGAAACGAUAUUCUUCAAGUUGUCUGCGACAAAUUCACUUGAUUUUUUUUUUAUUUUUAUCAGCAAUUACUUUAUCAAUUCCUUCCUUCAUUGCUUUCUGAAUGAAUUUACUAAGAAAUACCCAUGCAAAAUUGCUUCAGAGAUUUCUUUAACAGUAUCUUCCGAAGUUCUCUUUAGGAUUUCUUCAGGAAUUACCUCUGUUGCUUCAUUUGCUAGCUUGGAGGAUUUUUAUUAGCAAAAACAUGUGAUUCCAAGAACAUUUGAAAACAUAAGUCACAAUUUGUACUGUACAUUACCCUCACAUACCGAUGAAUAUGAUCAGAACCAGAAUGCAACAGUAUAUAUAAUUAGAAAUAAUUUCUUUCAUUUGCAAAACCACAAACUGAAAACAGAAAUCGGAAAUCGAGAAAAAAACGAAUUCUCUGUAAUUCGCGUCCCUUUGUGUGGAACCCAAUCAUAAAAAAUCUUCUUAUCCUUUUCAAAAAGCUAUCAUUUAUGCAUGUAACAGGAAAUGUUAAAAAAUACGGUCACUGAAAAGCGAAAUGAAGAGUUGGUUCGAGUUGAUUAAACAGUAAGCAUUGUAUAGAGAGAUUAAACAAACACAUACAAACUCAGGCUAGUGGAGCAUCGUCUCCAUCCUCCUGUUGAAGAAACUACAUCCCCUCCUCAUCUACACACACAUACAAACACCUACACACAUGAGCGUGCACAUAUUGUGAGCAACACAUAGAACUAGCAUUAUUAGUAAACAAGAAAAAAAAACAAACCUACAAAGUUGUUACAAACAAAAACCAUUAUCCAUUCCCAAAACAGAAGUAAGCAUUAUUAGUAGACAGAAACAAACAACUCCUCCAGGUGAAAACAAUGAAACAAAAGUAAGGCUUCCCCCUCAAAAACAAACGGAGAAAAGAGUGCGAACGUGAAAACCUCUCAAUCGUAGAAAAGGAAUUCUUCAUCGAUGACCUCUAACUAACAUUAUCCAAGAAAUACCAUUAAACAAUAGCCGUAGUUGCGAGUGUUGGUUUUGAUUAGCUGGGAGACGUGUGCGUAAGAAUAUUCGAGCAGAGAAGCGAGCGAAGACAAACUCAUACAAAAAAAGAUACAGUCAUAAACUUUAUUAUGCAACCACAAAACUGCCGUUAAAUGUGUAAACAAUUUUCUGAGAUUAAAACUGAUGAAGGGUUGAUAGCAAUCUAAACGAAAGGAUGGAAUGAAUGAAGAAGGAUCACCGUUUCUGUUUCGUUUCUUGUUUGACUUUUUCAUUAAUAUAGAAUGAUUCUCGCUAUUGGGAAUCAUUACAUUGAGUGUUCCAAAUACUAUUUUAAAAUUGCGGAUUAUGAUUCAUUUCACCCCUGUUUAGCUGGACUAAAUAUAAUUUUACAUCUUCAUUUGAAACGUACCUGUAGUUAGUGGGCACAAACAGGAGUGUGUUGUGGAUUGGCAUCUAAGCCGAAAGAGAGAUGAGUUUGUGAAAUAGGAGUGUCCACGGUGCGGCUUCGGAGUCAGUUUGGCUUUCUAUUCCGCAGAAUCAUUACUUGUUCUGUGGCUUAGUUGGUUAAAGCGCCGGUCUAGCGAAUACGGAGUCGUGGGUUCAUAUCCCACCACAACGCGAUUUUUUUCACAAAUUUCAUCUCUCAAUUUGUCAAUUAGCAGCAUUUCGUGCCUUCUAAUUACACGUUUUUCCAGUACGUACCUACAGUGUAUCAAACAAUUGUCCGUACAGCAAUUUUUUGGUCAAAAUUAUGUUUCAUUCAAAUGUUUAUAACUUUUUUAUACGUCAAUCAAAAAUGCUGAAAUAUUGACCAAUCAUGAAUCAUAUAUUAAAGCUCCAUUAAUAAAAUUUUGAGCGAUAUCGAAUAAGUUUUCUGAAAGUUAUAGAACUUUUAGAAAAACUUAUAAGAUUUUUGAACACAUUUUUAAAACAUUAUAUCUCAGUAUGUACUCAAUGAAACUUUUUCCAUUUUUUUAUAUGUUACAGCUGAUACCUAAGGUUUUCAUAUGCAGCUACUUUUGAGGUUUUAUUUUCACUACAAAAAUUAUAAAAAAUGUGCUUAUGUAGUUGACGAUAUUUAAAAAAAAUUACCCUAUUUUACACAUAUAAUCUGCCAAACGUUGUCCACCAAUAAAAGUGCAUUAACUAAACAAAAAAUACAUAGGACCUACUCUUCAUAUGUAGCUUAGUUGGGCCUGUAUAAAAAUAUUACAAUAAGAAAGUAGGAGUCGUGAGUUCGAGUCUCACCGAGAGGACGAGUAACUUUUUCGCAAAUUUCACCUCAAUUUGUCCAUUUCUCACUCACGCCAGUAUAUGUAAAGUCUAGCUUUUGGAAUAAAGUAAAACUUCCAUUCGGCUGGUUAAGCCGCAAAAAUCGAUAAUUAAUUAAUUUAAUUAAGUUUAAAAAUGUUGAAAACACUUGGCACUUUUGUUGAUCAAAAUAUGAUAAAUUUCCAAAUGACACUCUGAACAUAUACAGAUUUUUCAUAUUUUUUGUAGUGAAUAUAAAACCUCAAACGAAGCUGCAUAUGAAAGCCUUAGGUGUAAUCUGUAUCACAAAGAAAAUGGAAAAACUUUCAUCAAGUACAUAUUGAGAUAUAAUGUUUUAAAAAUGUGUUCAAAAAUCUUAUAAAUUUUAGUAAAAGCUCUAUAACUUUCAGAAACCUUAGUUGUUCUCGCUCAAAAUUUUACGAAUGGAGCUUUAAUAUGUGGUUUAUGAUUGAUCAAAAUUUCAACGUAUUUGAUUGAUGUAUAAAAUCAUUUGAGUGAAAAAUUAUUUUGACCAAAAAAUUGAUGUACGGACAAUUGUUUGAUACACUGUACCUACUUGACCGGAAAUGAAUGUGCAAAAUAUUUAAUUUUUCUUUCUUCUUUAAUUUUGGGUUACAUUUCUUUUUAUCAGCAUACAAGAAACGAAACAUUGUUUUGAUCUAAUCACUAAUAAUAAUCGUACAUUACACUACAUAAACACACCUUACAAUUAAUAGCAGAACGAAGUGAAAAAAAAAAAUACAGAGGACCUGAAAGCAAUGGAGUGAUAUGAAUGAGGUAUAACCCUUACACUGCAUUGUUGGCCAAUACUUUCGAAAAAAAGGUUUUUUUUUUCGGAAUUUACAACCCGGAAACCCCUAGAAUUGUUUUCCUUCAGUAAUAUCCUACGAUUAUCAUCCAUGUUUAUUUUACGUUCUAUAAUUCUAUGAAAUGAGUAUGAUGGAUUGAGGAAAUUUAGUCUCCUAGGUAACUAGGCAAAAAUGCGUAACUAUCAUUUUAAUUAAAAGAAACGCUGGAUCAACAUGGAUUCUUUUUGUCUUUCUUCUCUCUGAUCAUUUCAUUUUUGCGGAUCGCCUCACUUCUAUACAUGCUAUUCGGUCAAUUAGACCGGUACAGAAUGCUCUUCGUAUUUCCUAUGUGAAAUACAAUCCAAUUAGAGUGCAUUUUUGAUUGGGUCAUCUUGGCUUGGGUCCCUUUGCGUUGCUCGAUUCCAGGUACAGGUCGGACUCGAUUAUCCGAGUGACUUCAAAAUUAUUUCACCCCGGAUAAUCGAAUCACCCGGAUAAUCGAGCCAUGCUUCUUUUCUUUUAUUUUUAACUAGCUGUCCCGGCAAACGUCGUACUGCCUGCCUACUAUGUUUUUUGACACACAGCUCCAUAGGGACGUCCCCGGCGAAGUCAUCUGUAUGGGAGCCCCCCGUUCCAAAGACCGGAGGGGUCUCAAACCAAGCUAAGAACCUUCCCCGGCCCCAACAGCACCCACAUACAAAAUUUCACACCGAUCGGUUCAGUAGUUUCCGAACCCAUAGCGGUCAGACAGACAGACAGACAGACAGACAGACAGACAGACAGAAAUUCAUUUUUAUAUAUAUAGAUUUUCUUCAAUCAAAAACUGUUCGUUAAACAUAGAAGCUAACAUAUAUGACGUUGUAGUGCCUAAACUCAACGUCUGAUAUUAUUAUAACCAUGUUUUCUAAAAAUGAAAUUUAAGCUGAAAAAUGUGAAAAAAAUCAAAACAAUUUUCAAAUAGGCUAAAUCCUAUUUACAUGUGUUGUAUUUGAUGUUUAUCACAUAUUUAGACAUUGGGUAAUCUAAAAAUUUGUAAACAAAGCAAAAACAAAGUUUUCCCCGGAUAAUCGAGCCAUUUUUGCCGGAUAAUCGAGCCCCGGAUAAUCGGGCCCCCGGUUAAUUGAACCCCCGGAUAAUCGAGUCCGACCUGUAAUGAAAAAGUGGACUCACUCACCAAAGUGGACGCUAUGGGAGGCGAUAUUAGGCCACAUCGCGCCUCCGAGAUCAACGAGAAACCCCCAUUAUCUGUUUCCUUGAACAUAAUGAGAGGAUACUUUCUAGAAAGUAGUGGGAGGAUGGAGAACGGGAAGUUGGAUCGGUGAGUUCGUUUUAUGUUAUUUUUAAAGCGUAGCAAACUCAAAUUUUAAUCCAAGUUCUUUGAAUGCUCUUCAAACGCAGAUUUUUCAGAAGUGUGAAACAGUUCCAAAUAAAUAGAAGUUGUUGUUAUAACUACGCUUUAAGAGUUUUAGUUCAAAAACCUUGUGAGUAUUGAAAGAGUUUGAUUAUUUGGCCAACAUAGUGCACUGGAGUUCACUCAUUCAUUCAAUAACUUCCAUCGACCUCUUUGUUUCAAUGGGUUAUCUUAAUCGUCACAACAGCCAACAUCGUCAGCGUACAAAACUUGGGUGGUAUGAAAUUCGUUGUAUCACAAAAUACAGAACUCUGUAAAUGUUUUUGCGGGCAAAACAAACACAUACAAAUCUAAACUUACAAACACAUCCGAGAGAUUUAUACGAGCAACAAACCUGACCCUCGUUGACAAAAAAAAAAACACAAACAAACACAAAUUAUGGGAGCGAUCAACGGCGCAAAGUUGGUAUGAAUGAAGAAAAGUGUUACUCUAAUCUAACAAUACAAAUUAACAAAACAGACAAACUAAACAAACCAGAGCAUCUAAACAGUGUUAUGUGACGGCAUUAGUGUGGGUGGGUGGAGUAAAUCGACAAACAAAGAAAGAUACAAACACAGCAACUGCAAGUGACAAAUUUGAAGGUAUUUGUAAAGAGAGAGACUAACAAAUAGUUGAACAAAUGAAGUAUACACUACAAUGUGAAACAGAUAAUGUUUAUUUGAUUGGAUGUGAAAAACAGAUCAAGAGAGGUAAUAUCGUAGAACGAACGUGUUGUUAAGUGGCGUUUAGUGUAUUGUACUUGAUAUGAUGUGACAGCUAGCAGCUCUUGUACUGGCAACGUUGACUGUUUUGUUCGAAUACUGAAGGCAGAAAGUCCUAUUUCCAACAACCACCUUUCAACCAAUUAGCUAAGUAGAAGCUGAUGAAAACAUCCGUAGUAAAUAAUUUGCUCAAGCUAACUGCUGCAACGGAACCCUGUCACUACCACAUGUAAAAAGAGACUCUAGAGAGAGGUAUCUAGCUGACUACAAACUCUUGACUUUUCUCCUGAUUUUGUAAUUUUCUCACCGAUAAAAAGUGAAGGAAUAGAACAACAUGAAAAAAAGGAAGCUGGAAUGCCGAGAAACGACUGAUAAAAUCUCAAAUUUAAGGACAUGAUUUUCCUUCCUAAUCGCAUCGCUUUCCCAAAAGGGGCGCCAUUUUUUAUAGCAACGGAUCACUUUAAUCUCCGAUCAGUUUCGUAUGGCUCACUUGGAACGAUUUCGUUUUUCUUAAGCGAACUAUAGCAGAAUAACCGUUGGAUUUAAACGUUCAUACAUAAACAAGAUGAAAGGGAAUCAAAAAAAAAACAGUCCGAGGAACGUCGAUUAGUUGUAUGAUAUGAAUUAUAAUUUUCUACCUCAUUUAUUUAGUAACUUUUUUUAAACAAACAAGUAAAGUAUUAAGAGUUAAAAGAAAAAAAACGUGUAAAAAGUUAAACUUCGGUGGCCACAUCGAGUAAAAGGAUAUUUUUAAAUAAGUAAGUCAGGUAAGCUAAAAAGUAACAUUUGAACUACGGUUAAGAAAAACAAAGUUAGCGCGUUAAGAAACUACGUUAGGAAGAAGAUCGUGAAUUGUGAAAUCAAUUUACACCCCAACCCUCAUCCGCGUGCGAUUUCUUUUGUCCCCUAACAAUCGACCUUCCAAACAAACAGAGAGAAAAAAAAUACAAUACAAACCAUGAGAAAAUCGAGCACUGUGCACCGAUAUUUUGAAGGCAAUAAAUUAAACUGAAAACAAAAUCCAGUAAUAAUCGAAAAACACAGAAAAUCGGGGAAAAACAUAUAUAUUUUGAGAGAAACCUUUAAGGGCGUAAGAAUGUGUAAAAUCUAACACAAAAAAAAACAAAACUUAAAAAGUUUUGGAAGAAUUAAGAAACAAAAAGUCAAAACAAAGUAAAAAGAACACUAAAAAUUUGUGAUCAAAUUGCUUGGCAGUUACUAAAAGAAAAACCUAAAACCAGUGAAGCAAAUGAGAAUUUUUAACAACACUAAUUACUUUUAGGCUAAGUUAAAAAAAAAGUCGUGUGUAGAGAUUCAAAUUUAAUCCAUUCGUAAACUGCAUCUUGAUUCUUCGUAGAAAGCUUACUAACAAAAAAAAAAAAACGAUACCAAAUCGGCGCUUUACUAUCAUCAUCUCAGAUUGUGUUGGUUCGUCCUUUGGGUCAAUUUGAUCGUGGUUUGGGUUUCCUCUUUCGGUUCGAGAAGUUAGACUACACUAUUCUACUCACACACUAGCAAACACACGAGCGUACGUAAAACGAACGAUACGGAAACAAGGCAAAACCGGAAGAUGUGCAGCGAAAAGGAGACGAAGAGAAAAGUCUGUUUUUAAUUCGGAAAAAAACGAAAAUAAAAAGAAAUCGCAGAAAGCGAAGCUUUCAUUUUAAGUGACUCUGUCGCUUUUCUAGGGAAGAAACCAUCAUAAUGUAGGAUGCAAAGCAAAUUGAAACGAUAAAACACGAGUAGGCUGAUCGAUCGCGCGACGUGAUUAGAAAUUCUAUUAUCAUUAUUAUAAUUACCCAUUACUACUCAUACAAUACAAUGCUAUCAUUAUAUUACUUGAUUAAUUGAGUAUAUUACGCGUAUAUAUUA